CUGUGCUCUCUCCUCCCUCCAUAGGGCAGUAUUAGCCAGCUCUUUCUCUCUAUAUCAGACACAGGAUCUGCUUUUCGCAGCCGCCGCCUUGCCGUCAGCUUGCCCGGAGCCUGCUCUCCGCUAUCCUUCAGCAGCCAUGUCCGAACAGGGCAGCAGCAGCAGCCGAUAUCAGCAGCUACAAAAUGAAGAGGAACCUGUAGAAAAUCCCCAGGCAGCAGUAGAUUCUCCUCCACCCUACAGCAGUAUUGCUGGGGAAAAUGCAGCAUUCUUCGAUUACAAAGACGAGCCAGGUUUCCCAAAGCCUCCCUCAUAUAAUGUUGCCACAUCACUUCCCAGUUAUGAUGAAGCCGAGAGGACCAAAGCAGAAGCCACCAUACCCCUUGUCCCUGGAAGAGAUGACGACUUUGUGGCGCGUGAUGACUUUGAUGAUGCAGAUCAACUAAGGAUAGGAAAUGAUGGCAUUUUCAUGCUCACAUUCUUCAUGGCAUUCCUCUUUAACUGGAUUGGAUUUUUCCUCUCAUUUUGUUUGACAACUUCAGCUGCUGGAAGAUAUGGAGCCAUUUCUGGUUUUGGCCUCUCAUUGAUUAAGUGGAUCCUAAUUGUCAGAUUUUCCACCUACUUCCCUGGAUAUUUCGAUGGUCAAUAUUGGCUGUGGUGGGUGUUCCUGGUACUGGGAUUCCUCCUAUUUCUCAGAGGCUUCAUUAAUUAUGCAAAGGUCCGGAAGAUGCCUGAUAACUUCUCUACUCUGCCCAGGACCAGAGUUCUCUUUAUCUAUUAAAGAUGUCUUUUGGGUCCUGACCUUCCUGCAAUCACAUGCUUAUCCUUUACCGAGGCACCACAAACACCUGCAGGAAGAGAAUUGAAACACCGAAGGGAUUAAAAAUGACCUGCUACAUUUAGAAAUAAAACAAAAUCCCAAAAAGAAGCAACGGCAAGCAAACAAAAAGUACUGUUGAAAACGAAGAAGAAAUUAAGCAUAUUUUUUUUGUUGUUGGUUUCUAGGUGUAAAACUUUAAUGGUUAUUUGCGAAUUUCUGUUAUUAUGGAAUCAUUAGUGGCUAUUGUUAAAAUCAAAGUUCUAGCAAUCAACUUUGUGACGUACUAAUAAAGCCUUAUAUAUUGUUUGUAUAAAAUAAACUCCACACCAUUGACUAUGCUCCUUCUACCAGUA